AUGGCUACCUCUUCCUCAUCUUCCGGCCGCAGCAGCACCUUUUGCCUGGUCAAGUCGUCCAUCAACAUCGACGAGACCUUUCUCGUACCACACAUCGUGCGACCGGGCGAGACGAUCUCAUCGUCGGGACUAGUCUCGCGACCCGGUGGCAAGGGUGCCAACGUAUCCGCUGCGAUUGGGCUUGCAGGCGCCAAGGUCUCUCUAUCUGGUGCUGUGGGCAAAGACGCUACGUGGCCGAUCGACGAGCUUAAAGCGCGCAAGGUCAUCACCGAUGACGUGGAGAUCCUGGACGGCAUCCCAACAGGCCGUGCUUUUAUCCAGAUUGCCGAGGACGGCGAGAACAGCAUCGUUCUGCUCAAGGGAGCCAACUUUGCCACGGACAGUAGCUCGGCCGACCCUUCCACGGCAUUCACAUCCAACCCGCAGAGGCAGAUCACCCACCUCGUCCUGCAAAACGAGAUUCCGCUUCAGACCACCGUGGCUUUCCUCGAGUAUGCCAAGUCUGACAAGGCAGGCAACCACAUUACAACGAUCUUCAACCCAUCGCCUAUGCUGAGCAAUGCGGAAGUCGAGUCGUUCCCCUGGAGCAGCAUCGAUGUGCUGGUGGUGAACGAGGGCGAAAGCAUCGAGCUGCUCUCGGUUCUCGAUCAAUCGGCUGCCUCGAAGCUCGAAUCGCUAGCUGCAGGCGAGGACAAGUCGCGCCAGGUGCUCGAGGCGCUCUCGGGUCUGCAGCAGCUGAGCUCGACGGCAUGGCUCGUGCUCACCCGCGGAGGACAAGGCGUCAUGGCCAACGUGCAACUCGCCGACUCUCAGUCUCAGCGCAGCUUCUUCAACGUCCCGCCGUUCAAGCCAAAGCAGGUGCGCGAUACGACUGGCGCAGGAGACACGUUCGCGGGCAACCUCGUCGCAGCCUUGAUGGGCCACAAUGUUGAAGCGGACGAAGCUCUGACCUCGUCAGCCAGACCAAAGCGCGAGCAAUUUGUCCAACAGGCUCUGGAAUGGGCUUCACGCGCUGCCAGCCUUGCAUGCGAAAAGGAGGGCGCCAUGCAGAGCAUCCCUGCCGCCGAAGAGGUCAAGGCGCGAGCUCCAUGA